AUGGGCAACGCAGAAAGUAGCGUCUUCCAGAAGCGCAUGGCGCGGGUCCCUCCUGCCGAGCAGGCCGAGAUUCAGAGCAGUUUUGAAAACCUAUGGCAGUCAAAAAACGCCACAAAGAAGAGCCUGGGAUUGGCUGCUUUCCAGGAUUCCAUUGGGAGCUCCCUGCCUAGUGCCAUGUCUAAGCGGAUCUUCUGUGGUAUGCAGAGUGAGAACCCCACCGGAAAGACCUCUCCCACCGCCCAGGAGAUCACUAGGGAGCAGUACGCUUUGUUCAUUGUUGAUAUUUUGAGAGGAACGGCAGAUGAGAAAGGCGCCAUCACCGUUCACAUGAUGACAUCAGACAGCAGAGAGGAAGUGACAGGACAACAAGUGCAGGAGUUCCUGGAGGAUCUGAUUUGGGCGGUGGUGUACGUACUGCAGAGACACAACGGACUGAGCGGCUGGAGCCUGGAAAACACCCGUGACUGCAAAUCGGGGACAUACAUGCUGGCCUCACAGCUGCUGUCACAGUUACAUUCGGCAGGUGGACAGACCCUUAAAGAGGCGGAGCACCUUAGCUCCUCCUACACGCAGGUCUCCAUAACAGACUGGCUGUACAGGGCUCCAAUGGUUUCUAUGUUCCUGCGGAUCGUGGUGACGCUGGGUUUGUCCAUCAUGAAGGAGAGCACAGAGCACCAGCUGGACCUCGGCUGUUUGGUGCCAAAAUGUAAGAAGGGGAAGCAGGCAUCCUUCUGCAGCCUCCUGGACUUCCCUUCUGUCAUGUUUCUGAAUUCUCACCUCCCUUCCGAAAUGCAGCAGCGCUGGCGUCUCCUCUUCUCCACCCAGAUCCACGGAGAGAGCUUCUCCCAGCUCUGCGGACACUUGGUGGACCAAGGACCGAGCCUGCUGGUUCUUAGAGACUCUGAUGGCUUCAUCUUUGGAGGGUUUGCCUCACAGAGCUGGGAGGUGAAGCCAAAGUUUCAAGGAGACAGCAGAUGCUUCCUCUUCUCUGUGUCCCCACAUCUUGAUAUUUACAUCUACACUGGUUAUAAUGACCACUACAUGUACCUGAACCAUGGACAACAGACCAUGCCGAAUGGACUGGGCAUGGGAGGACAGCAUGAGUAUUUUGGUCUGUGGAUCGACAGCAAUUUUGGGAAAGGACACAGCAAAGCCAAGCCGCGGUGUACCACCUAUAAUAGCCCCCAGCUGUCCGCCAACGAGGAAUUCACUAUAGACGCCAUGGAGGUCUGGGCACUUGGAGAGAUGCCAGAACACUUACAGGCCAAAAACAAGAAGAGUGUGCUGGACGCGGACCCGGAGACGCAGGCUCUGCUGGAGAUGACAGGAAAGACACGUCAGAGUGAAGGUCUGAGGGAUAAAGAAGAAGACGAGGAGAGUUAG